CCCACCACCGUCAUUUUCCAACACUUUUUUGCGUUUGUUUUGUUCCCAAGUUCUGUUUUUACGAAAAACAACGUGCCUGGGCCAGAUUGUUAGUGGAAAAUACUUCAUCUAUAAGUUUAUAAGUGACAAUUAAAAUGCCUUCCAAAUCUAAGCCGAAACUUUCCCGCGGAGUGCUGGACAUGAAGUUCAUGCAGCGCACCAAGGCGAAAGUGGACAAAGAGACCGCCGAUGAGCAGAGCCGGGCACUGUACUCCAAUGAAAUUAACGAAAAGAUGCUGAACUCCAACUCGAAUUAUAUCGUGGAGCCGAGUUACUCUAUCUGCGCUGGUCUCAUCGACGGCCGUCUGAGUUUUCGUGGAAUGAAUCCCGAAAUUGAACAGCUCAUGGAACAGGAGCAGACUGAGAAGCAGAGGCUUAAGAAACCGGAGCAACCCAAAGAGGUUUCGGACCAGGACAUGGCCAAGACGUACUACGCCAACAAGGCGCCUGCCCUAACCAGUAGCAUGGGCAAGAAGUUCAGCACUAAGAAGGACCUCAAGAGAAAGCAGAACGGCGACUCAGACAACCACCCCCAUAAAAAUCACCACAAGGCACAAUUCAGAAAACCUCGUCCGGACGACGAUUAAUUUAUGCACUUCCUAUUUACUCUGUUAUUCUGAUCUAGAACUAGUUAAAGUUAACUAAAAUAUAUUUGAUUUUAAUUACAA